AUGAUCCGCCGACUCUUCACCCGCUUCAAGCGGCCGGUCUCCAUGCCUCGGGUCGAAAUCGAGGAGAUCGAGAUGCACCCUACGAAUGCCACCAGGAUCACGGAUGAAGAACCCCAGGCUGGUCGCCCGAGUUGGUUUGAACGAUGGGGAAAUGGGAUCAGCAGUUUUAUCCAGCGUGUCAACUAUCGUGCCAGCAAGUCGCCUGUAGGCUUGUUGUUCCGCCUUGGAGGAUGUGGGCACCCCAAGGAAAUCGAAGACACGUGCCUAUCGACCGAGAUACGUGCAGGUCUGACGACGUUCGCCACCAUGGCCUACAUCAUUGCUGUAAAUGCAUCCAUCCUCGCGGAGUCCGGCUAUGGCUGCCCAUGUGAAAAGCCGUAUGACCCGGCGGGCAACUGCGCCAACAUGGCGGAGUGGACCGAAUGCUACAAUGAUGUUAAGCUCGACCUGAUAACCGCCACCAGCGCAGUGGCCGGCGUCUCGAGCAUUUUGUUCGGUCUUCUGGCCAACCUCCCAGUCGCUCUUGCUCCCGGGAUGGGUCUCAAUGCCUACUUCACUUACCAAGUCGUUGGUGCCAAAGGCACGGGACCGAUCAACUACCGCAUCGCCCUCACUGCUGUGUUCAUGGAGGGCUGGAUAUUCAUGUUCCUGGCCCUGACGGGCAUGCGGCAUUGGCUGAUCAAGAUCAUUCCUGGCACCAUCAAGAUCGCAAGCGGCGUGGGGAUCGGCCUGUUCUUGACUCUCAUCGGCAUGUCGUACACUUCAGGGAUCGGCAUCGUCACCGGAGGCAUUGCCACGCCGCUCGCCCUGGCAGGGUGUCCAGCUGAGGAUCUCCAUGAAAGUAACCAGUGCACAACGGGGAUCCUGACAAGCCCAAAGAUGUGGGUUGGUAUCAUGUGUGGUGGGCUGCUCACGACCAUCCUGAUGGCAUUCCGCGUCAAAGGAGCCAUCAUCAUCGGCAUCGCCAUUGUUUCCUUCUUGUCAUGGCCGCGCCACACCCCGCUGACGUACUUCCCCGAUACCCCCGACGGCAACCACCGGUUCGACUUCUUCUCCAAAGUCGUCAACUUCCAUCCGAUCCGCCACACGCUGGCACGGCAGCAGUGGGAUCUCACCGGAAAGGGGGGCUCACAUUUCGCCCUCGCCCUGUUCACCUUCCUGUACGUGGACAUCAUCGACUGCACCGCGACGCUGUGUUCGAUGGCCCGGUUCUGCAGCAGGGCGCGCCGGGACGAGUCCGACUUCCCGCGCUCCACCGUCGCCUUCUGCGUCGACGCCGUGUGCAUCUCGUUCGGGGCAUUGCUCGGGUGCUCGCCCGUCACUGCGUUCAUUGAGAGCAGCGCUGGAAUUGCUGAGGGUGGUCGCACCGGUCUGACCGCUGUUGUCACUGGCCUGUGCUUUCUGGUCUCGCUGUUCUUUGCUCCGCUGUUUGCGUCGAUUCCGCCUUGGGCGACGGGAAGCACGCUCAUACUGGUCGGCUGCAUGAUGAUUCGGCAGGUCACCAAAAUCAACUGGGCCUACAUCGGCGACGCGGUGCCGUCCUUUGUCACGCUGGCCUUCAUUCCCUUCAGCUACAGCUGUGCCUACGGGCUGAUCGCCGGCCUUUUCACCUACACCGUCAUUAACGGAGCCGUCUGGAUCGUCGUCAAACUUUCCGGUGGAAACAUCCUCCCUGCGAAGUACGAUUUGAAGGAAUACUGGUCGUGGCGCCCGCGCGGAGAGUGGCCGUGGAUGGUGAGGGCCUUCUUUAGGCUCGUCUACUGGGUAAAGCACCGGAAGUCGAGGAAUGCCUCCUUCGCCUUGGACUCUUGCGACGAGGCUGGAAGCUUCGAGCAGUACCGAUCCCAUGUUGGGUCGAAGAACGCAACAGACGGGACGGGCUCACCCAGAAUCCCGACCCCGGAGCCUUUCCGCCAGCCGUUUUGA